CACCGCAUCUGCUCUCUUGUUGUGACUAGUCAAAAGCUCCCGCAGCACGCACACGACCCCCUCCAUUAAACAUGUCCUGGCAAGCAUACGUUGACACCAGCCUCGUCGGCACCGGCAACAUCGACAAGGCCCUCAUCUGCGAUGUCGAAGGCGCAACCAACUGGGCCGCGUCCCCUGACUUCACGCUGUCGGAUGAGGAGAGGGCCGUCAUUGCCAAAUCCUUCAACGACAAGUCCGAGCCCAAGAAGGUCAUCUCCGAGGGUAUCAAGGUGAACGGCGUAAAGUACAUGACCAUCGAGUCAAGCGAAGAUGCGCUCAAGGCAAAGAAGGGCAAAGAGGGCGUUGUCGCCUUCAAGACUGGCCAGGCCGUCAUCAUUGCCCACCACCCCGAAACCGUCCAGACGACCAACGCUUUCUCCUCGGUUGCUGAGCUCGGAGACUACCUGAAGAAGCACGGCAUGUAAAGCCUUCUCUGAUUUGGAGCAGUUUGGACGUUAAGGAUAUUUGCAUACCCUCCACCUGAGGAGCGGCCGACGGCAUCAUAGGGAGGAAUGACACGAGGACAUAGAAAUGAAUGAUGACGCAUGAGAUAGCGGCAUUGGAGGACUCUCUUCGAUACAAUGACAAAUCUUCACACCAC